UCUCUCGCGAGAUCUGACAACACUGCGCGCGAACCAAACACGGCGAGGAUAAAGCAAGAUGGCGUCUGACGGUGAAGACGUUAUUGCAGUCGUCACAGUUCAGUGUUCUUAAUCUGUGCGUCCAUGUACACAUAUAUGUCCUUUAUUAGACGCUAUUAAAUAGAGUAAACAUCGUUAAUAACUGUUUGCAUCCGGUUAUAUUAGUCUGAGCGCACUUUGACGAUUAUCGAGCUAGCUUAGCCUGCUAGUUAGCUUAGCUUGUUAGCUGCUAACAAAGAGAGGCAGAAGUGAUCAAAACAAAUCGCUAAGCAGAGAUCAAGUGUGAGUGUAAAGUGUUGUGAUUGUGUGAAAAUGUGCGAAAGAACGAUAGCAGAGUACGAGGAGGAACUUUGUCCAACAAAAGAGGAGAAGGAGCGACAACAUCAAAAACAUCAAGUUGUGUUAAACAGAACAGACAUCCAUCAGCUGAUUGAACCCCCAGAACAAUGUCUCCCUCAUCCGCAGGGGGACAGUUUCACUUUAGAGUAUCCACAGCCCCCCUAUUUUAAAGAGGAAGAGGAGGGAGAGUGUCCUGUAGGGCAGGAGGAGGCUGAUCUCACCAAGUUUCCACUGACUGUUGUCUCUGUGAAGACUGAAGAGCAUGAAGACAAACCACCUGAGUCCUCACAGCUUCAUCACAGUCCAAACGUCUGUGAAGAACAUCUUCUCUCUGAGCAACACAAGUGGAGCUUCAGGAUGGACAAGGAGGAGCCACAGCCCUUACACAUUAAGGAGGAAGAAGAGGCGCCACAUACAUUACAAAUGCAAAGGGAAGAAAAUAACCCACUGACCUCCCAUUUAAAAAAGGAAGAGGAGGAACACAGCAUCAGUCAAGAAUGGUUCGAGGAGUUCCAUGUGAUUGUGAAGAGUGAAGAUGAUGAGGUCAAAGGUGAGAGUGAGGAGAAGGAAGAGGCGGAGCCUCCAAGCAGCAGCUCAACUCAACACAUGACAACAGAAGCUGAUGGAGACCACUGUGGAGGAUCACAAGCAGACAAGCUCUUAGCUCCACUAUCAGAUAGUGAGGACACAACGUCACACUCUCCUGACACUGAUGAUGAACACUCUAAAGAUGGUAGGACAUGUCCUCACUGCAACAAAACGUUCAAAUAUCGUUGUUUUCUGAAAACACACAUGAGAAAACACACAGGGGAGAAACCUUUUUCCUGCUCAGAAUGUGGUAGAGAUUUUAGACUAAACCACAUGCUGAAAGAACACAUGAGAAUACAUACUGGAGAAAAACCUUUUUCAUGUUCAAUCUGCGGUAAAGAUUUUACCCGAAGGCACCAUUUGGAAACACACAUGAGAACACACACUGGAGAAAAGCCUUUUUCAUGUUCAAUCUGCGGUAAAGAUUUUACUCAAAGGCAAUUUUUGAAAACACACAUGAGAAUACACACUGGAGAAAAACCUUUUGCAUGUUCAAUCUGUGGUAAAGAUUGUGCUCAAAGGCACAAUUUGAAAACACACAUGAGAAUACACACUGGAGAAAAACCUUUUACCUGCUCAGAAUGUGGUAAAAGUUUUGUAAUGAAUCAAAGUUUAAAAGUACACAUGACAACACACACUGGAGAAAAACCUUUUUCAUGUUCAAUCUGCGGUAAAGAUUUUAUUCGAAGGGACAAUUUCAAAGCACACAUGAAAAUACACACUGGAGAAAAACCUUUUUCCUGCUCAGAAUGUGGUAAAAGCUUUGUAAGAAAUCGAAGUUUAAAAGUACACAUGACAACACACACUGGAGAAAAACCUUUUUCAUGUUCAAUCUGCGGUAAACAUUUUACUCAAAAGCACAAUUUCAAAACACACAUGAGAACACACACUGGAGAAAAAAAUGUUUCAUGUUCAAUCUGCGGUAAAGAUUUUACUCGAAGGGAACAUUUCAAAACACACAUGAGAAUACACACUGGAGAAAAACCUUUUUCCUGCUCAGAAUGUGGUAAAACUUUUGUCAUAAAACAAAGUUUAAAAGUACACAUGAGAACACACACUGGAGAAAAACCUUUUAUAUGUUCAGUAUGUGGUAAAAGUUAUAUAAAAAGAGACCGCUUAAAUUCACACAUGAGAACGCACUCUGGUGAAAAACCAUACUCCUGUUCAAGCUGCAACAAAAGCUUUCGUCACCGACAAUCUUUUACAGUACACAUGAGAACACACCCAGGAGAGAAAGUGUUGAGUUGCAGUGUGUGUGGUGAAAGAUUCUCUUAUAAGUACCAGUGUAAGAAACACAAGUGUGCUGGUGAGAACUUAAGAUCAAGUGUGAGUGUAAAGUGUUGUGAUUGUGUGAAAAUGUGCGAAAGAACGAUAGCAGAGUACAAAGAGGAACUUUCUCGGACAAAAGAAGAGAACAAGAGACUACGUCAACUACUUGAGGCUGUUUUCAAGAAACCUCAAGUUGUGUUACACAGAACAGACGUCUGUGAAGAACAUCUUCACCCUGAGCAACAGAAGUGGAGCUUCAGGAUGCGGACGGAGGAGCCACAGCCCUCUCACAUUAAGAAGGAAGAGGAAUACGCACUGAUCCCCCAUUUUAAAAAGGAUGAGGAGGACCCACUGACACACCAUUUUAAAAAGGAAGAGGGGGACCCACCGACACACCAUUUUAAAAAGGAAGAGGGGGACCCACCGACACCCCAUUUUAAAGAAGAAGUGGUAGAUCCACUGACACCCAAUUUUAAAGAGGAAGAGGAGGACCCACUGACACCCAAUUUUAAAGAGGAAGUGGUGGAUCAACUGAGCCCUCACAUUAAGGAGGAAGAGGUGGAUCCACUGACACCCCAUUUUAAAGAGGAAGUGGUGGAUCCACAAAGCCCUCACAUUAAGGAGGAAGAGGUGGAUCCACUGACACCCCAUUUUAAAGAGGAAGAGGAGAACCCACUGACACCCCAUUUUAAAGAGGAAGUGGUGGAUCCACAAAGCCCUCACAUUAAGGAGGAAGAGGUGGAUUCACUGACACCCCAUUUUAAAGAGGAAGAGGAGGACCCACACACACUACAUUUUAAAGAGGAAGCGGUGGAUCCACUGAGCCCUCACAUUAAAGAGGAAGACCCUUUGACCCCUCACAUUAAAGAGGAGGAACACAGCAUCAGUCGGCAGGGAGAGCAUCUUGAAGGACUGGAGGAGGUUGAUGUCACCAAGAUGCCAGUGACUGGUGUCCCUGUGAAGAGUGAAGGUGAUGAGGUCAAAGGUGAAAGUGAGGAGAAGAGAGAGGCGGAGCCUCCAAGCAGCAGCUCAACUCAACACAUGACAACAGAAGCUGAUGGAGACCACUGUGGAGGAUCACAAGCAGACAAGCUCUUAGCUCCACUAUCAGAUAGUGAGGACACAACGUCACACUCUCCUGACACUGAUGAUGAAGACUCUAAAGAUGAUAAGACAUGUCACACUGACAACACACACUUCACAUGUUCUCACUGUGACAAAACCUUUAAAUACCAUUGUUAUCUGAAAAGCCACAUGAGAAAACACACUGGAGAAAAACCUUUUUCAUGUUCAAUCUGCUGUAAAGAUUUUACUCAUAGGCACGAUUUGAAAAUACACAUGAGAAAACACACUGGAGAAAAACCUUUUUCCUGCUCAGAAUGUGGUAAAAGUUUUGCAGUAAGUCACCAUUUAAAAGAACACAUGAGAACACACACUGGAGAAAAACCUUUUUCCUGCUCAGAAUGUGGUAAAAGUUUUGCAGUAAGUCACCAUUUAAAAGAACACAUGAGAACACACACUGGAGAAAAACCUUUUUCCUGCUCAGAAUGUGGUAAAAGUUUUGCACAAAGUCACCAUUUAAAAAAACACAUGAGAACACACACUGGAGAAAAACAUUUUUACUGCUCAGAAUGUGGUAAAAGUUUUGCAAUAAGUCAAAGUUUAAAAGCACACAUGACAACACACACUGGAGAAAAAACGUUUUCCUGCUCAGAAUGUGGUAAACAUUUUGCACAAAGUCACCAUUUCAAAGCACACAUGAGAAUACACACUGGAGAAAAACCUUUUUCCUGCUCAGAAUGUGGUAAAAGUUUUGUAAAAAAUGUAAGUUUCAAAGUACACAUGAGAACACACACUGGAGAAAAACCUUUUUUAUGUUCAAUCUGCUGUAAAGAUUAUACUCAUAGGCACGAUUUGAAAAUGCACAUGAGAAAACACACUGGAGAAAAACCUUUUUCCUGCUCAGAAUGUGGUAAAAGUUUUGCAGUAAGUCAAAGUUUAAAAGCACACAUGAGAACACACACUGGAGAAAAAACUUUUUCCUGCUCAGAAUGUGGUAAAAGUUUUGCACAAAGUCACCAUUUCAAAGCACACAUGAGAAUACACACUGGAGAAAAACCUUUUUCCUGCUCAGAAUGUGGUAAAAGUUUUGUAAAAAAUGUAAGUUUAAAAGUACACAUGAGAACACACACUGGUGAAAAACCAUACUCCUGUUCAAGCUGCAACAAAAGCUUCCUUUACCUAAACACUCUUACAGUACACAUGAGAACACACACAGGUGAAAAACCAUACCCCUGUUCAAGCUGCAACAAACGUUUUCGUUACCUAAACACUCUUACAGUACACAUGAGAACACACACAGGAGAGAAAGUGUUGAGUUGCAGUGUGUGUGGUGAAAGAUUCUCUUCUAGGUACCAGUUUAAGAAACACAAGUGUGCUGGUGAGAACAGCAGCAGCAAAUGAAGAUGCAGGAUUUGAAAUAAACUGUCAAAACUUUAACUUUGACUUUCUAACAACAUCAGCACAUAUAACAUGUGUGACAUCAUUGUUGUGUGUGUAACACAAUCUUGUUAUUAUGAUUCUAACAUUUAUAGAUUAGACACUUCAGAUUAGUGCUUUUAUUUCAGUCAAGUACAUGAGUUAAUAUACACAUUUGUGUACUUUAAAAUGAACAGAACAAUUUGACUGAAAAGGUGAGAAUAAACAGUACAUAAAAUAUGUUACAUACAAUAAACAUUUUAUUUGUAGAUAUUCACAAUACACUUGUAUACGUAUUCAUAAUAGUGUUUUAUAUAUGUUUUUUGAAAUAAUGAAGGGUUACAUCGACGUCCCACUGGGGUGAGUUUUUCCUUGCCCGUAUGUGGGCUCUGUACAGAGGAUGUCGUUGUGGCUUGUACAGCCCUUUGAGACACUUGUGAUUUAUGGCUAUAUAGAUAAACAUUGGUUGAUUGAUACAUAUUUUAUUUUCUAAUUGUAGAUGAUUCCAUAGAUGAACUCCUUUAUAUGAUAUACAUAUUUGUUUUACAUGUGUUCAUACCUUUGCUUUUGAGUACUCAUAAAUCCCUCUUAGUUCAUAUUUACUGGUUCACAUCUGAAACAUCUUCUGGACCACUUCUGGAAGCAUAUUAUUAUUUACUUUAUACAUCAUUUGAGCAGUUGUCUUUAAUACAAGAUCAUUUACUUUUAAAAUGUGUGACUUUAUGAAUCAUUUGUUGGGUCUCUAUAAUCCAUUCUGUUAAUUAUCUUUAUUAAUCUCUUUUGUAAUAUGAAUAUUGUUGUGUGAUUGUUUUAUAUGUAUGUCCCCAGACCUUUAUGCAAUAAACAAUGUAUGCUUCAACUAAAGUUGGGUACAAUAAUUGUAGUUAAUAUUUGUAAGUAUGUAUUUUAUUCUAUUUAUUAUUGCACUCCAUUUUUUUAAUGU